GAUGAUCCAGGGAUUUAGCACUCGAGUGGAUAUGUCUUAGCCUACGCAGUGGAUAUGCAAUGCGUGGAUAUGCUAUCAUUGGGCUCUCUCUAAGGCCCUCCAUGCUGUUAUUAAUUUCUUUCCUCCCCUGCUAUCAACACAUAAUAAAAUCACCAAGGUUCCCUUCCACUGAACCUCCUCUCACAGCAACAACACUCACAUUACCCCACGUGCAAAAUGCUCAUUUCACCUGCUGUUUUCACCCUAGUCGUGGGAUCUGCGGCGGCAAGUUCUUUCCUUCCGGCCAUCAACACCACUCAAGGCUCUCUUCGUGGCUCUAUCUCCCCGUUCCGCUCGGGUGUUACUGUCUACAAGGGUAUCCCUUUCGCAGCACCGCCAACAGGAAGCCUCCGCUGGAAAGCUCCCGAAGCAGCAUCUUCGUGGGAGGGUGUGCUCAAUGCAACAGAAUUCGGACCGCAAUGUGCGCAGAACACCUCAUCGGCGGGCAUAUUUUCGUCGGGAAAGACAACCUACAGCGAGGACUGCCUCACCCUCAAUAUAUGGACGCCGGCUUACAACGAUACUUCGGAUUUGACGUCUAAGAAACUUCCCGUCUUUGUCUGGGUCUUCGGCGGGCGUUUCGAAGGCGGAUCAGCUGAUGUCAAAACAUACGACGGCUCUGGGUUGGCUAUUAAGGAUAUCAUUGUCGUAACGUUGAAUUAUAGACUUGGCGCCUUUGGUUUCCUUGCUCAUCCAGAUCUCUCCACCGAGUCCGGACACAACAGCUCGGGCAACUACGGCAUCCUAGACCAGCAAUUCGCCCUCCGCUGGGUUCAAGAUAACAUCGCCAACUUCGGUGGAAAUCCUGACCAAGUCGUUAUUGGUGGGCAAUCAGCAGGAUCCGCUAGUGCUUUGGAUGUAAUGUAUAGCGGGUUGACAGAAGGCCUUGUACACGGUGUCAUCGCAGAAUCGGGAGCUCGUGCACCCCAUGAUCCCAUGACCGGCGGCCUGGCCACUAGCUACCGUAACAAGACGACUGCGGAGGCUCAGGGCGUGGCGUUUCUGCAAACACUUAAUGUGUCCUCUAUCGCCCAGGCUCGCAAUGUUUCAGAAGUCACGCUCCUUAGCAGCGGUAUGAGCAGUGACACUACCUUUGACGGUACUAACUUUGCCGCCCUCUCCUCGGCGUUCAUGGACCCGCCUCUUUGGCGCCCAGUCGUCGAUGGAUACGUGCUACCGCACAAAUACGGCGAAUCUCUUUGGGAAGACGCACACCUCGACGUGCCCAUCCUGACGGGCAACAAUAAAGAUGAGUCCGGGGCGUCCCCUUCCACAAGAUUUAACGUAUCUGCGUACAAUUCCAGUUUCAGUACUGUGUUCCAAGACUACAGCAGCAAAUUCCUGGCCCUGUAUCCCCCCAGCAACGACACCACCGCAGGCGAACAGGCCAACACCUUCUUCCGCGACCUUUCCCGCAUUUCGACAUGGAAGUGGGCUAGUGAUUGGGCUGCCGGCGGAGCGAAGAGCAAAGUGUACACGUACUUCUGGACCCACGCACCAGCGGAAAACAGCGCCGCUGGAGCGUAUCAUGGGAGCGAGUUAUGGUACACCUUCAACAAUAUUCCAUAUGCCUCGUAUGAUAAUGCUACAUGGACCACCGAGGAUUACCAAAUUGCAGAGACUAUGUCGGGAUACUGGGCCAACUUCAUCCGUACCGGAAACCCAAAUGGUGGAAAUUUGACAUACUUUCCGCCGUCGACGAGCGGGGAGGCGCAGACUAUGUGGCUGGGGGAUUCGUGGGGCGCGUCCAAUCUGACUGCGAGUGAUGAAAAGACGGAGUUUAUUGUAGAUUGGUUGAGCCAACUGUACGAGUACUAG